CGCACAACAACUCGAGAGCCUCAAAGCAGUCAGACCGCCGCAACACGACAAGACAAACGGGUGCAUUUGCAUGGAAUGAGUUGCCUGGUACAGUUAGAGUGGUCACAUCUGGCCACUCUUUCAAGAAGCUGAUAAAACAACAUUGCUGACCUCUGACCUCUCGACCCAGCCUGAUCCAUCGAUUUUGAUGCUCGGUUAAAAGGUAUAAUAACCAUGGGUAACGCAAUUGGAUACCUGAAAUGGCUGGGCCAAGGCAAGCAGGCGUUCGCACCUGAUCGGAAAGAAGAUUUCGUGGAGACAAACAUCGGAUUUCCGUGCCGUGUGGUGACCGGGAACAAGGCCGUGCAGUCUGUCUUUGACAUCGACCUCUUCAAAAAGGAGGAAUUCUUUUUUGGCCUGAUAGAAAUCCGUAAGGAAUUUACGGAGGGUGUCUGCCCAAGCGUCACGUCUAACGGAAAAAUCCACGAGAAAAACAAGGCGCUGAUGAUGGACGUCAUCGCCGGGGCUUACGAAGAGAUCCCAACAUCAACAGCAGACGCCGUGCUGUCCAACAUCGCCACCUGGGGAAGCACACCAACCGACUUCGAAUCAAAGUUAAUGGCAGUGUCAGCAGGGAUUUUUCUCCCCACCAUCUUCGGGAGAUCAACACGUUUCAAUCCCGAGGAUGUCAACCUCUAUGUCAAAGGUGCAACUGAAUUACGAUCAGACAUCUUGGCCGCGGUGACGCGUGAAGAUCUUACUGAGACGCGAAGGGGGAUGAGGUCUGUCCUGGAGAAAAUAAAGACAUCAGAGAGGUACAGCCAGCUGAUAGAUCUUGGUAGAUCGCACGGAUUAGAUGAGGCGUCGACCACGGGACAACUGCUCUUCUGUGUUAUGUUCAACGCAGUUGGUGGCACCGCAACUAACCUGGUGGCAACCUUCGGCCGCUUGGACACUAUCAGUGCGGAAGACCGGCAGGAGCUACGGGAGGAAGCGCUUGCCGCCCUGAGGAAACAUGGAGGCCUGACCCGAGCGGCCCUGGAGGAGAUGCCGAAAAUUGAGAGCUUCGUGUUGGAAGUGCUGCGAACCUGUCCCAGCCCAGGUGUUUGGAGCCACAUCGCGGCACGCCCAACGACUGUGAAGUACACAACAGCAAGUGGUCCAAAGGAAGUCAACAUUAAGGAGGGCGAACGCGUGUAUGCCAGUCCCUACUGGGCAUUGAGGGAUCCCGCUGUGUUCGACAAACCAGACGACUUCGUGUGGCGGAGGUUUCUCGGCCCCGAGGGAGAAGCUCUUCGGGAACACCACGUCACCUUUCACGGCCGACUCACGGAUUCAGCCGCGGUCAACAACCACAUGUGCCCGGGUAGAGACGUCGCGCUGUCGGUAAUCAAAGGCAGCAUCGCCAUCCUCAACACGUUCUUCGGAUGGGAACUCCAGGAGCGACCAUUCUGGACUGGAACGAAGGUAUCUCGUAUCGGCCAGCCGGACAACGUUGUGAAAGUCAAGUCCUUCUGGCUUCAACAUCCCGACGACUUGAAAGAGAUUUUCCCGUCCCACUUUGAGGAAAUCCAUGACUCACUGAACAGUGCGGUUUUACAGUGCCCUUAAGGAUUCCCGACCCAGGCUACGGACUAUGGACUAAUGAGAUGGGAUUACGGUUUGGAAAAUAAACAAGUUCGCCAGAACAUGUCAGACGAAGGCAGCAGAGCACUACGACAUGCCAGUGUCAUCACUAACGUGAUGUUGGGCAUUAAA